UUUUUUGGUCAACAAACCAAAAAUAAAACGCCACGACGUCGUUGUAGGAAACUGAGCGUCACGCGUAAACAAAGAAGCGCGUGGAGGAAAGAAGCAGAGGAUUCUUUGCCUCGUCUCUUACUCCAUCGUUUCCUGUACCCUUUUGCUUCUCUCCACCUCAUCAUCAAUCUCUCUCUCUCUCCCUCUCGUGAUUUUCCGUCAAAAUAUUAAAAAAUUUCCGUCAAAACGAAUCGAGGACGAAAAAAAAAAAAGCAACAAAACAGAUAAUACAAAUUUCAGAUACAGAACUUCUUCUAAUCUUCUGUUUGUUUUCCCUGGAUUUUAUAUAAUACGAAACAGACACACACAAACACUGUAUCUUUGCUUUUCGUUCUCUCUCUCCUCUCUCUCUCUCUCUCUCUCUCUCUCUCUCUCUCUCUCUCUCUCUACAGAGUAAAGUUCUGAUCGUGUCUCUUAUCGUUUACCCAAACCCAUCUUGAUCUCGUUUCUUGUUUUCUUCUGCCGUCGAGAUUUUGUUCCUCGAAGUUUUCAGGUUGAAAACUUUCCUACGGUGGAGAUUGUUCCCAAUUUAAAGCAUGUACCUUUAGAUUAGAAAUUAGGUUGUCCUUGUUUCUUCUCCGGUGGCGAUUGUAGAAGAAAGGAAUAGUUUUUAGCUGUUAAUGUGAUUAGUAAACAUAAGUCUCUGCUCUAAAGAAGGUAGGAGAAUAGGAUUGAGUAGGAAAAUAGUGAGAAAAGAUUAGAACUUUUGGUGAGAUGGGUAAUAAGUUGGGAAGGAAGAGGCAAGUGGUGGAAGAAAGGUAUACAAAGCCACAAGGGUUGUAUGUGAAUAAAGAUGUCGACGUUAAAAAGCUUAGGAAACUGAUUGUAGAGUCAAAGCUUGCUCCUUGCUAUCCUGGGGACGAUGAAAGCUGCCACGACCUUGAAGAAUGCCCGAUUUGCUUCCUGUACUAUCCUAGCCUCAAUAGAUCAAGAUGUUGCAUGAAAAGCAUUUGUACAGAGUGUUUUUUGCAAAUGAAGAAUCCUAACUCAGCUCGGCCUACUCAGUGCCCCUUUUGUAAAACACCUAAUUAUGCUGUCGAGUACCGUGGAGUAAAGUCAAAGGAGGAAAAGGGCAUUGAACAAGUUGAAGAGCAACGGGUUAUAGAAGCCAAAAUAAGGAUGAGGCAGAAAGAAAUGCAGGAUGAUGAAGAGAAGAUGCAGAAACGUAUGGAAUCAUGUUCCUCUAGCACAAGCGCAAUGACUGGUGAAAUGGAAUACGGUUCAGCUUCAGCUAUAUCUUAUAAUUCUCCUAUGGAAGAUGCGGAAAAUGAUCCAUCGCAGAACGUAUCAGUUGUUAGACAACAACGUUCACACCCUCGAGGAAACAGGGAUGAUGAGAUUGACGUGGACCUUGAGGAGUUAAUGGUCAUGGAAGCAAUAUGGCUCUCCAUUCAGGAAACAGGGAUGCCGAGAAAUAAUACAGCGUGUGGGGAAAUGACACCUUUCAGGCAAUAUGUACCAGAAGAUCAUAGUUAUGUUUCUUCGCCACCACGAGUGGCUCCAGUUGCAGAGCCGGAAACGCCGUCUUCAUCAUCUGGUGGGCUUGCUUGUGGAGUCGCUGCACUUGCUGAACGCCAGCAAAUGGUUGGCGAAUCCUCCAAUCACAGUCACAAUCACAACCACAACGUCAACGUUUCUUCCUACAGUAUGCUUCCUGGCAAUUGCGACAGUUACUACGACAUAGAACAAGAGGUAGAUGACAUCGACAACCAUCAUCAUCAUCAUCAUCAUUACCAUAAUAACCACACGGAGAUGGGAGGAGAAACAGGGAGCAAUAGCUAUGUAAGCUCUUACAUGAACGGCCAGAGCUUCCACAACUUUCCUCCACCUCCUCCUCUGGUCAUUGUUCCCGAGAGUUUUGAGGAGCAGAUGAUGAUGGCUAUGGCUGUGUCUUUAGCAGAGGUUCAUGCCACGACCACGAGUGCGCCAACUGAAGUUACUUGGCAAUAAAUAGGGGUAAUAAUGGAAACUCAUGGGUCUGAUGAUUAUCACUUCAUUCAUAUAAUGUCUGUUCCUAUAGGAAGAAAGAAAGAAAAACAGAAUCUCUAGUUUUAAUAGAAAAAAAAAAGUUGUGCUGUGUUCAAGCUUCCAAUGUUACAUCUCUCUUAAUCGUUC